CGGAAUACGGAAAACAAAAAGGUUGAAAGGUUGUGAUUUCUGUUGUCAGUGUGCGCAGAGAAUCGGCGAGAAAGGCUCUCCUCCGUGUAUUUUGGACUCGAGAGCCCGUAAAGUUUUAACAAAGCGAAGGGGUUACAAUGCGAAGUGUCCUCUCACCUCGUUCCCCCGAGGGCACCGCGCGUUAGAGCAACUUGCACACCGCCGUGCUCAAUGUUAAUUAAUUCAGACGUAAGAUGAUAUGGAGUCUGAAGACGAAGUGGACGAGGAGCUGCCGGGGGUGAAACGCACGGAGGAGGUGAACCGGAACGAUAAUACAAAGAGGCUCGAGACGAUGAAAAUUUCAACGAAACCAAUGUCCUCGAAGACGGUAGAGCGAAGUGAGUGCCAGCUGGUGCGCUCACCGAAUCCGGAGGAACCGGAACUCGUCGUUCCGUACAAGAAUCCUGGCAAAACGAAAACGCAAGAAGAAUCAAAAUUACCUUUAAGCAUCAGCAUCAAGACUGACACGAAGGACAGUGAAAUAGUGAAGUUAUGUAGAAGCAAGAGGAUCACCUGUCAGGACACCAUACACGAGUACGACGAGGAUGAUGGACUCACUAUGGAAAAAGUUGGAAGAUACCUGGAAGCGCAUCCGGACGCUGCAGAGGCCUGGUUCCGUGAGAACGCGAGCCAGGAGCUUCGUCAAAGGCUUCAAGGUAUGGCCGUAAUUCAAGCGAAAUCACCGUUGAAAAAUAUACAUCAGGAGGAGAAUCUCCUGAGCAGAAGCAAACGUAACAGCGUCACAUCUGAUCUGUUCCAAAGCUGGCUGGCUUCCAGUUCGCCAGCCAAGCGCAGUAAAAGUCCCAGCAGGAUGUAUACCUCGUUGGUGGGACGAAGAGAAGAGCUCAACAGGUUGGAUGAAAGCGAUUUGUUCAUGGAGUUGAUCAGAGACGUGGCAAAUGAAUUGGAUAUCAACGUUCUCUGCCACAAAAUUUUGGUAAACGUCGGCCUGCUUACACACGCCGAUCGUGGAAGCCUUUUUUUGGCUAAAGGACCGUUGGAAGAUAGAUAUUUGGUUGCAAAACUGUUCGACGUGACACAAGACACUGAAUUGGAGGAAGCCAUUCAAAAAGCGAAGAACGAGGAGAUUAAGAUUCCUUUUGGAGUUGGAAUAGCUGGCUACGUGGCUCAAACUAAGGAAAUCAUCAACAUCAAGGAUGCAUACAAGGAUCCAAGGUUCAAUAGCUCUAUUGACAUGAGAACUGGCUACAAAACUACCCUAAUUUUAUCCAUGCCUAUCUGUAAUUACGAAGGAGACGUGAUUGGAGUUGCUCAAAUUAUAAAUAAGACUAAUGGUAGCAAUGAGUUUACCGAUAGAGACGUCGAGGUGUUCCAGAGGUACUUAACAUUUUGCGGGAUUGGGAUACAAAAUGCGCAAUUAUUCGAGCUCUCCGUGCAAGAAUAUCGCAGGAACCAGAUUCUCCUUAACUUAGCCAGAAACAUAUUCGAGGAGCAGAACAAUCUCGAGUGUCUGGUCACGAAGAUCAUGACCGAAGCGAAGGAACUUUUAAAAUGCGAAAGAUGCGCCGUUUAUCUUCUGGAUCUCGACUGUGGCGAGGCAGGACACCUCGAAAAAAUCGUCGAACGGCCGGGAAAAUCGAUGCAAGAGAGCCGGAAACCGCUUUCGAGGAGAGAGAGUAACAACAUCGAGAUGGAGGACAUUUUCCAACAGCAUGUGACGAACGAUGGAAAUAAAUUCACCACGAUCUUCGAGAUGGACAACGAGACACAGAAAGCCAAAGUGUAUAGACCUAGUGCGAGCGAUUUAUCGAAUCCAUUGAGCCAAAUUGCGAGAUACGUCGCAGCUACGGGUCAAAUUUUGAACAUCGGUGACGUGACCACGUGGCUGAAGAAGGACGUGGUUCAGGCCGGAAGCGACCCUAUCAAGAGCAUUCUCUGCAUGCCCAUAGUUAACGGGCAGAGAAACGUGAUCGGUGUCGCUCAAUUAAUCAACAAGGAUAAUGGAACAUCGUUCACGGAUUCCGACGUAUCGAUUUUCGAAGCUUUCGCCAUCUUCUGCGGCCUUGGUAUUCAUAAUACCCAAAUGUACGAGUCAGCAUGCAAGCUGAUGGCCAAACAAAAGGUUGCCCUCGAGUGUCUGAGCUAUCACGCGACGGCAAGCAACGACGAUACGUUAAAAUUAACCUCAGAACCGAUACCGUCCGCAGAAUCCUAUAAUCUGUACAGCUUCACGUUCAUCGACUUCGAUUUGACCGAUGAGGACACUUGUCGGGCAACCAUUAGGAUGUUCAAACAGUGCGAUCUGAUACAAAAAUUUCAUAUCCCCUACGAGGUCCUGUGCAGAUGGAUUCUCAGUGUAAAGAAGAAUUAUAGGCCAGUCAAGUAUCAUAAUUGGAGACACGCACUGAACGUUGCCCAGACCAUGUUCGCCAUGCUUAAAACCGGCAAGAUGGAACAGUUCAUGACCGACCUUGAAAUUCUUGGACUCUUGGUCGCCUGUUUGUGCCACGACUUGGACCAUCGAGGAACCAAUAACGCGUUUCAAAUGAAGACAGAAUCACCAUUGGCCAUCCUCUAUUCGACCAGCACUAUGGAACAUCAUCAUUUCGAUCAGUGUGUCAUGAUCCUGAAUUCGGAUAGUAACAACAUCUUCCAGAGUUUGUCUAUGGAGGACUAUAGAAGAGUGAUGAAGGUGGUCGAGAGUGCUAUACUUUCCACAGAUUUGGCGGUUUAUUUCAAAAAGAAAAACAAGUUCAUGGAGCUGAUUGAUGAGGGCGAGUUCGAUUGGCAGAGUGAAGAGAAGAAAGAACUGUUAUGCGGAAUGAUGAUGACGGCCUGCGACGUGAGCGCCAUAGCGAAACCCUGGGAGGUGCAACACCGGGUGGCCAAGCUGGUCGCCGACGAAUUCUUCGACCAGGGUGAUCUGGAACGUCUCCAACUGAACCAACAACCAGUUGCCAUGAUGGAUCGCGAAAGGAAGGACGAACUUCCCCAAAUGCAAGUCGGUUUCAUCGACGUGAUAUGCCUGCCUCUCUACAAAGUUCUCUCCGACACGUUUCCGUGGAUCAUGCCACUCUACGAGGGCACCAUGGAGAACAGACAACACUGGCAAGAUCUAGCUGAAAAGGUCGAAAUGGGUCUGACCUGGAUAGAUCGUGACACCAUCGAUGAACCAGUCGAAGAAUUCAUCUCGUACGAGCCCAAAGACAUCGAAUUCACGGUCACAACGUUGAACUGCGUGGACAGAAAGGAAGUCCCUGAGAAAUCUGCGUUAAGCAGACUUAUCUCUCUAAGGAAAGGUGGUCCUACUCUCGGCAAGGAUGUAAGGCACAGACUUAGCAGGCCAAUUUACGCGAGAAACGCUCCAGAGGACGCUGCCAAAUCCAAGGCCCUGAUUCCUGACAGGAAGAGUCGGAAUAAAUUGUGCUUGCUCAUUUGACGGCUUACGUCCACCACUCUUGAGAGCAUACCUGAAUGAU